AUGCAGGCCUGCAUGUGGCUGGCAGGUGUAUCCAUCACCAACGGCGAAGAUGAGCUUCUGAACUCGCUGGUAGAGCAGGAGUCCCCGGAGUCAAAGCUGCAAACCAGCGUAGUACUUGGGGGCUGCAUCACGAUUGGCGCAGUUGUCGUGGCCAGCCUUCUUGGCCAGGACCCGUGGGGCGGGUUGUCGCUCUCUACGUCCACGCUAAGUGCGGCCGGCAUGGGUCUGGUCGUAGCCCUCCCUAUGGCAGCGUUGAGAAUAUGGAGCUGGACGCCCACUGCAGCUCGUGCAAUUCCUGCGCUUCAGGACGUCCAUGAUGGCCAGUUGGAGUUGCACAAGCCGUGGUUGGCUAGCAUGGACCGCAGCCAAGUGUUCACGUUGAUGGCCUUGGAGGUGUUGCCUCUGACCAUGCUCUUGUUUCCGGCAGGCCAGGCAGGCAUCAUGGCAGCUGUGGCGAUGUACGGACAGCUUCUGAACGGAUCAAGUCUGGAUGCUCCAUCUCACGAGUCGUACCUAACGUUGUUGGCGCUCGUGCUGACGGCACUUGUGUCCGGUAUGGGCCGUGCCAUGGAACUCAGCGUGUCGGAGGAGGAGUACGAGCUGGUGCAAACAGCUGCACGGAGCGCCGAUCGGUACUACCGUACUGUGGCUGCUGACAUGCACACGAGCCCCGCGGAGGCUUCCCGUGCCGCUGAGGCGUUUCGUUUCGUGGCGCAGGCAUGGGUGCAGACCAAGGGCGAGGCGUCCCUGCUGGCAGGGGUCAUCACUGUGGUUGAUGUAUUGGUCCUUGGUGCGCUGUGGCACGGCACUAGCAAUUUAGCCGCUCCGGCGGCGGUCGCCUUGGCAAUCAAUGCUGUGGAUUACUGGCACCUGCAUAGUGCGGUCCUGCGGAAGGAGGCCAAAGUUGCGGGCCGCACAGGGAGUGGCUCCGGGGGCAACUAA